AGUUCUUCCCUGACUGGUCCGACACAUACAAGAGGCAGAGGGUUGUCUAGAAAUACAAAUUUAUUCAGUUUCACUCAGACGAGAAAAGCUAUUGGACCUCAUUUGUUGUAUUUCAGCUGCAAGGCAACUCAACCUCCCUGAACAGUUGAUGACACUUGCUCAUCAUGGCUGUCAACUUGAGUAAGAAUGGCAAUGAACUGAUGGCAGCUUAUAAAGACGUAUUGGAUGGAAAGUCAGGUACAAACUGGGCACUGUUUACCUAUGAAGGAAACAGUAAUGAUAUACGGCUUGCAGAAAAGGGAGAUGGAGGUCUGGAGGAGAUGGUAGAAGAAUUCAACAGUGGAAAGAUCAUGUAUGCCUUCUGUAGAGUUGAGGAUCCAAACUCUGGUCUGCCAAAAUAUGUUCUGAUAAACUGGACAGGUGAAGGAGUGAACACCUCCAGAAAAGGAGUAUGUGCUAACCAUGUCUUAUCCAUGGCCAACUUCCUUAAGGGAGCCCAUGUGACAAUCAAUGCUCGAGAUGAAGAUGAUGUAGAGCCAAAGGUUGUCCUAGACAAAGUGGCCAAAGCCUCUGGUGCCAGCUUCAACUUUCAUAAACGUAAAGAGGCAGGAUAUGUGGAUGAGCCCCGACGGUCUGUGGGUUCAGUGUAUCGCAAAGUCAAUGCAGUAGAGGAAAUACAACAUAUCAACAAAGACGACUUCUGGAACAAAGCACAGAAAGAUGAGGAAAUCCGGAAGAGAGAGGAGAUCAAACGAGCAGACCAGGAGCGACAGCAGCUGGAAAUAGAGAGGAGAGAGAUGGAGGAACACCAGUCCAGGGAGAGAGAAAAGAGGGCCAAGGAGAGAGCCCAAGAAAUCGAACAACAGAAGAUGUAUCAAAAACAAAGAGAGCAAGAAGAGAGAGAACAGGAACAACAGCGCCAGAGUUUCGAAAUAAAGGAGGAAAAAAGAACAGGAAUAAGCCACGCAGCAUCCGUACAGAAAGCCAACGAAGCAAAAUCUUUAAUUUCUCAAAGAUCAUUCAACCCAAGAGAUAUCUUUAAGCAGCGAGAGCAGAGCUUUGAUGGAAACAACUCAACCAGUCCUGCAGUUUCCAGACCUGGUAAACUGCAGAGUCACUUCUUGUAUCAGAAGAACACUGAGGAUCCAGAGCAGUCACAAUACAAUGCUUCUCCUGUUCCACUAAUCUCUGUGAAUCCUGAACCAGCUUCUUCCCCCAGCCCUCAGUCCCCUAUCUCCCCCAUUUCACAUGUCAGACCACCCUCACCAGAACGGGACUACUCACCUGCUCAGAGGAGCUCACCAAACCCCCUGGAUGUCAUACGCUCAUCAGAAGUGCCAGCAGCUUUCAACGAGGAAGGAGAGUGGUCUGAUGAGUUUGAUGACGACGCGAAUGAAACUACUCCAGACCAUCACGGUGGGGCAGAGGAUUUAUAUGAAAAUGUAAAAUAUACAUCACCGGCUGAAGAGAACCUUGUGGCUGCUAGUGGACAGGAAAUUACUGCCAGAGCUCUCUAUGAUUACCAAGCUGCCGAUGACACAGAAAUCACCUUUGACCCCGACGACAUCAUAACAGGGAUUGAAAUGAUUGAUCAAGGCUGGUGGAAAGGUUUUGGACCUGAUGGCCAGUAUGGAAUGUUCCCGUCUAAUUAUGUAGAGCUUCUAUAACUUCAGUAAUGUACACACUACUGCAUAAUGCAUAAUGUAUACUCAUCUGGUGUACGCAUUUUGAGAAUUUUGAAAAUAUGGACAAAACUGUAUGAUAACCUGUUUAUUACCAGUGAGAUAUUGAAAUAACUUUCAAAGUUAUUAC